AAUAGAACAUAUAAAUGCAGAACACAGGAAUGAAAUUUGUAGUAAAUAAGCAUUAAUCCAAAGUUCUUUCAAUUUAUUUUUUAUAAUGGAAAUAGUGUAGGCAAUUCUAGCAUAGCAGAUGAUGGUGCUCCAUAGCUUUGAGUCAUAGUACUGCACUAAUCUUAGACCAUAUUGUAUUGUAUUCUAACUUGUUCUAAAGAUAUCAACUCUAGAACCUUGACGAGUCCCAUAUGAGUGGAAAGCUUGGCUGAGUGGGAAAAAAUUAUAAAAAACAGGGGGAGAGAACUUAUUUUUUGGUUGUAGCAAAAUUUAAAGGCAAUCUGUCUCGUUGUGGAUUGGUUAACGAGAACAAUAGCUGGAACAAUAGCCUAAACACAAUUCCACCGCUCCGCCAUAUUUUUUACAAUGCGAUAAAUUAACGGGGAACUGGAAACAAUAAAGAAUCCCUUUGUUCUUAUAAUCAAUCAACGUCGUGACAGAUUGCCUUUAAAAUUAGAUCUUUGAAUGUGUGAACUUUCAUAGCAUGAAAUAUUGACAAUGACGGGAAGACUGAGUGGAAAAGAUAGAAGCUAUACAUCUCAGAACAUUGUUUUGCAGAAGAAACAAAUGUUUUUGAUCAGUUUCAUACGGCAGACCCCAAUACUUUAUUCCAUUGUUGAGAAAAGGUCAAAUGGGGGUCAUGGCCCGGUGCAUCCCUAACAUUGUGCCUGUUCAUUCUGUUCAUGUUUGCAAGAAAUGACAGGUAUGAAAUGUUCAAUAUGUUAAAUCUGGGCUUAAUGAGCCCAGAGGGGCAAAUAACCAAAGACAGUUGUGAAUUAAGAGCGAAGUAGGGAUGUAUGGGAAACCCUAGGCAAGGGCUGGGUAAGUGGUUAAUAGUUAGGGCCUGUGACGUCACAGAUGUUUUUGCCGCCUUUGUGAAAUCACAGGGAACCGCGCUGCUUAUCAUUCGAAAUUGUCAUGAUGGCUGUAAAGAACAUCAACAAUGGAAAGAAAAUUUGUGGAAAAAGAGCAGCCCUUCAGGCGCAGGAGAACCGUCAGCAGCAGCUUCAGAGCACAUGGGCAAUACCAGUGCAAUAAUCUUCUCCGGAAGCAUUACUAUGGGUCACUUGAUAAGCUUUUUGAUGAGUCAAAACCAGAUGAAAUUCAGCAUACUCCAGGAAGAAAGAUUCUUAGAUUUAGAGUUGAACCUGGGGAAACCGAUGAACUGGGAAUUCCUUUCAGAUCUUCUGCAAUAGCCCAUUUAGAAAACCCAGAGUUUCAGACAAGAUGGUACUUUAAGUACUUUUUGGGCCAAGUUCAUAAUAACUAUAUUGGGCUUGAUUCAAAGAAGGAGCCAUAUGCAUUGUCAGUUUGCCUCACAUCAGCUGAUAACCAUGGAUUACCCCAGUACAGAAGUAUUCUUUGGAAAGCAUCUGGUUGUCAAAGAUUAUGCUUCCCAUACAAGCCUACAAAAAUUAUGUCACCAAAAGAAGUCCUGAGGCUCUUUUCAGCUGACGUGGAAAAAGCACCAUACGAAAUCUCAGAGCCUGAAAUCCAGAAAGAGCUCAUAGUCCUUGAGGAGCAAGAGGGAUCUGUGAACUUUAAAUUUGGAACUAUUUACGCCAAAGCAGGCCAGAUAACUGACGAUGAAAUGUUUAGCAAUGCAACUGGGAGUAAGGAUUUUGAUUAUUUUCUGGAUAUCCUUGGUGACAGAGUAACACUGAGAGGUUUCAAGAAUUACAAAGGAGGCCUCGAUAUCAAAAACAAUACAACUGGGAUUCAAUCAAUCUACACUGUCGUAGAGGGACAUGAGAUUAUGUUCCACGUGUCAACGUUGCUGCCUUUUUCAAAGCAUGCACAACAGGUGGAAAGAAAAAGACACAUUGGCAACGAUAUUGUUGUUGUUAUCUAUUUCGAAGGCUACGGAAAAAGAAAGCCUGUUUUCAGUCCGUCAUUUAUUCGAUCGAAGUUUAAUCGUGUAUUUGCAAUCGUUUACUUCAACAAAAAAGACUCAAGCUAUUGGCUAUACAUGUAUUCCGAGGAGAACGUUCCGGCUUUUGGCCCUGCACUUCCUAAUCCACCAGUGUUCCACGACCCAAAAGAGUUUCGCUCAUUUCUUCUCACCAAAUUAAUGAAUGCAGAAAAGGCAGCCUAUUUUAGCCCUGUUUUCAGUCAGAAACGACAGCGUACGCUCGAAGCUUUGUUAAAAGGGUUGCACACAGAUCACCUUGGACUUCGAGAACGGUUUUCACUGAGGCGAUCAUUCAAAGGAGCUCCUAGAUCACCAAGGCGGCCCCGCCGAAGGAGCGAAGUGCAGCGGAGGGCCUUUGUCGAAACAGGACAGCUCUUGAAAGUAAACAAGAUUCUGCAAGGUGAUGCUCCAACAAGCCUAGCAAACUCAGGUGGUGUCAUUACGUCACGGAGCUCACCCUGGGAACCAGAUUGCAUAACUUCAGUCUUUCCAUUAAAAGUUGUCGCUGGAGAUUCUUUUGGGGAUGGCCUGCUUCUUGCAACAGACCGCGGACUUUAUACCGUGCAAGGGGACAGCUUCCAUCACAUUUUCGACGCUAGUUUCCAGGUUGUUCAACUGAAUGUUCUAGAAGCAAAGGGUAUUGCUAUACUUCGGACAAAAAAGGCAAAAACAGAGAGCAAGAUAUAUGUCAUCCCAGUUGGAGAGCUGGAGAGAAGAAACAAACUGCUUCGCAGCAGAGAUGAGUUUAGCGAUUAUAAACUUGCAAGAUCAAAAGGGUGUCAUCUUUACUCUCUAAAUCGUCCUGGCUCAUUGGAGAUCCUGCUUGCUGUCGCAGUUCGAAAAAGGAUCUUUGUAUAUUCGUGGAAAGUAAAUACCAUGAGCUCAUUUCAAGGGAGUGGAGAUGUUCCUGUCGGAUUUGAGCUUGAAAAUGAUUUCAAACUGACUGAUGUUCCUUUGCUGCUGAGUAUUGCGAUCGAUACAAACAACGACAUUUUGAUAUGCUUUGGCUUCAAAAACAGAUUCGAUCUCGUCAAUAUUGAAACCAAGAAGACGAUGUUAUUAAGAAAAAUUGAUCCUUCAAAGAACGCAAAACUAGUCUCAGCAUUAGAUGUUUACGAAGAUGAUAACCCGGAGCUACUGCUGACAUACAAUCACUUUUCUGUUUUCCAACACUUGAAUCCGAUUGUCGAAAAGAAUGUCAGCUUUUACUGGAAUUCAACUCCUCGUGCAGUUGUGUGCGCGUUCCCGUACAUCAUUGGGUUCACAUCUAACCACAUAGAGAUUCGACUCGUUGUCAAUGGAAAUCUAGUGCACACAAUCGCUAUUCCAUCCAUUAAUUUUAUCACUGGAAAGUCGGAUAUAUACUUCAGUUCCACAAAGGAACGCAGUGACCAACAUGUAAUUGAGACAUCUUGGUCCAAAAGGAGGCGUGGCCCGAAAGGAGAACAUCACAUUAAUCCGACUACAAUCUACAGGAUCACUUUAAACAGUCUGGUUGGAACUCAACUUUUUGAGUCGACUGGCCUAGCCCAUGAUGACGAAGUCUUUUCGACUCCAGUAAGGUGGAAUUCUACAGAGGAUUCGACAGAUGGUAGCAGCAAAGGCCAUUCAACGCCUUUUACGAAUUUUAUCAAAGCUUCAGAGGUGGAAAAGGUUAAAUUAAGGAGGAAAUACUCUAAUGCUGCUGCAAUGGCAACCCCGGUGUUAUCGCCAAUUUUAAAACCGAUUGUGAGGCAGAUCGAGUUUGGAGAGGAGACUGGAGAGUCGUAUUCUGAUAUAAGUGUGAUGGACAUGAUGGCUCCUAGUGACGUUCGCCAGAUGUCACCCGUUGCAGCCAGUGACCCUGAUCUGACGAGAGCAAUGUCAUUAAAGCAAGUGAGGCUGCGGUCGCUUUUUAAAGACGAGUCUUGUUCAAAUGAAACCUAUGUCAAGCAAGAAACUGUAUUAUAGCUAGGAUGUAAACACUCAACAGGUUUUUAUUUAAAAUCUGCCUUUGAUGUAGCCAUUUAAAUUUCUAGGUUUUAUGACGACAUUUCAAUUAUCAAGAAACAAUAAAAAAGAAAGGAACAUAUCUAGGCAGCCAAGAUGGAUUUAGUUGAAAUAAAACGCAAUCAACCUGUUUGCCAUAGAAAAUGCAUAAGUUGCGAGACAAUCUUUUGUAUAACCUGCUCCAGACGACGGCCUAAGCAUCUUGAAGGAGUCCGCGUCAAUAAACUUCAGUUGUGAUGUCUACCAACUAUUUACAUCAUGCUCCUGGUUCCAUUCGUUAAAUUUAUUUGUACGUCUUGCCUUAAAGUUGAAAUGAAGCCGUGUUCCAAUUGAUUACUCGUCGCACCUUACUCACCAUCGGGAGGUAGACCUAACAAUGUACACUUGUUUAUUUGUGCACUGUGCAAGUUAAAGCACACAAGAUCAUAUGCUUAGAAGAAAAUUUAGGCCAGGCGAUGAUAUAGUAUCAUAAUUGUUCUCGUCCUAACAAAGUUUCAUUUGUGCAACUGAAGAUCGACCCCAGUAUGCUAAUGAAUUUUAUGAUAGACCAAAACGAUUUAGCUAAUGCAUUUAUUUAUUCUGUAUAUGUAUUAAACUAAAGUAAUUUUCUUCCUAUGCGAAGAAAGUCAUUUAACUAUCUUCUCAUCAUAGAUAUUACUCAUAUAAUAACUAUGUAUACCCAGGCUGUAUAUUAUUCUGUAUUUUUAUCCCGAUUUGUAUGAUUUUACUAGUUGUAUUAUAAAGUCAAGUAGCAGUAAAUGAUUUUAAUCCACAACUGAGACUUUAGAUAAUGAUGAGAUUUGCAGGAAACCUGCAAUUAUGCAACAAAUAUUUUGUU